ACACAACCAUGUUUGUGACCUCGGUUCUUUCCGCUAUGAAUUCUCCAGGCCCGCCAAACAUGACCACUUGAGUUGAUUUUGACAUCCAUGAAAGCUACUCAGUUGCAAUGGCGUUGUGGUUACUUAGCCAGGGGAAUUCUUCGAUAACCAGGGAUCAAGUGGUCCAACAUGGCGUCCGUUCCUAGUGACUAUGAGGCCAUCAUCUCCGUCCCAUCAGCCGAAGAAAGGCCGAUCAGGGUUGGCGGCGGUAUUUCUCGAUUUCGCCGUCGGUUCACAUUUAGCCAGGGCCAGGAAGCCCCUCCGAUAUACCGGCCCGACAAGUCAAUUCCGGAGCUGUCAGAAGCCGCCGCCGGGGGUGCUUCGAUAUGGGCGUCGUCGGACCUGAACCGGCUCAUCGACGACGAAGACUUUGAUUUGGAAACCUACGGGCUCACCGAGUAUCGAGAUGGCUUCUUCGACGCCUUGUUCCUCAAGCCCCGGCCAGUUGACCGGGAGGAGCUUGAUAAACGGGCAGAAAAGGCCCUCCCUGCGGCCUUCCGGAAGCGGCACCCCCUCUCACUGACAGGCUUCCUGCCCAGGCAAUGGUAUGAUAUCAAACAUGUCGUCCAUGUUGUCACGACAACCAGGGCCGGCAUCAAGCUAGUGAAGUCUUUCAUAGCCGUCUUCGCGGCAUAUGUGUUGUGCCUGGUACCACCGGUGCGGCACUGGCUUGGUCAGUACAGUUAUAUCAUGGUCGUAUCAACCGUGAUCAACCAUCCCGGCCGGACCGUCGGGGCCCAGAUCGACGGCGCUGUCUCAACGAUACUCGGAUCCCUCACGGGUCUUGGAUGGGGCGCGUUUGGACUGUGGCUGUCGACUUCGACACCGGAUGCGAAAGUCGGCUACGGCGCCAUUCUAGCCAUGUUUCUUGCGCUAUACAUAGCUGCAAUUGCUGCUGUGCGGUCGUACUUCAUCAGACUUUAUCAAUUUGUUAUCUGUGCUGGAAUUGCCGUGGCAUAUGCCUGCCUCGCUCAAGUAUCCGAGAGCUCGGUGGUUUGGGGAAAGCUGGUCGACUACGGCGUCCCAUGGGUCCUGGGUCAGGGCAUCUGCUUAUUGGCUUGUGUCGUCUGGUUUCCAGAUGCCGGGGCCAGACGCCUUGCGGUUUCCUGGAACGACGCCUUCGAGACAAUGCUAAAUAGCCUGGACGAAAAGAAGACGGGAACGACACCGACUCGGCAGCAUUUAGCCCAGACCUUUGUCAACCUCUCUCAGGCUUAUCGAGAUAUUAUGAUCGACUUCACCUUCACCCUUUUCGACCCUAAAGACGUCCGGGUGAUUCGGAAUCUGCUACAGGCUUCUGUACGAGGACUCUUGGCCUUGAGACCAAAGCCGAGCGUUUUUAAACCCCCUGGGGUCUCAGAUGACACUGUUCUGCAAAAGUUGCCCGCCGUACCGACCCCUGAACUUCAUCCAGCUUGGUCAAAUGCCGAGUCGUCCGGGACAUGGGUGCCGCUUUUGCCGUGGACGAACGAUUAUAGGGAUAAAGCCGUUCGCUUGGUUAGGCACCGCCUCGAGGACCCAACAAGUUUCCUCCUGCGUCGCAUGAAGGAGUCACUACGAAGUUGCCACGCAGUGUUGAUGGACAUGUCUGGCUAUCGCAAGUACCUCGGACCUAGCGAGGAGGUCAGUUCCGAUCUUCUCAAGGUUCUGGUGAAGCUGAGGAAAGCAAUGAUCAAAUUCGAUGAUGCUGAAGCCGCACUACUUAACGGGAAUGAACUGCCAACUAUCUUCAUCCACGACGUGGUCCAGGGAUUUGCCUAUAGCCGUCCGAUACGACAAGCUGCCGGCGCAGUCGAGGCUGUUCUGGUAAAGGUCAACGAGAUGGAACAACGAAAGCCGUCUUGGCCCAAGAUACAUCCCCCGUCGUACCCCUGGCGCAAGGCUUUGAAUCGGACAAACCCACAGGUCCGGCACGACCGCGGGGGAGUCACAGCUGGAUCCUAUUACAGGAGCUUUGCAGACAUCGCCCGCGCAAUACAGAAGGUCAAGGCAUCGGAGAGCGCACCGCUACGGGAAGAUUCCGACUUGUCCGAUUCGAACUCAGCUCUAAACGAGACUGCCAAUGCUAAUGCCAAUGCCAAUGCCAAUGCCGAGGCUGGAGACGAUCAUGAUGGCAUGGCUCUGCUUAAACAGAGCACAUUCCGGCAUCGGCUAUGGGAAAUCGCUCACGGGUUGCAAGGGUUCGAGAUGAGAUUCGCCUUGAAGACCGUCAUCGUUACUUCGUGCCUCUCCAUCCCGGCCUGGCUGAACCAGAGCAGAGACUGGUGGAAUUUGUACGGCGGCUGGUGGGCCGUUGUCAUGGCCUGGAUAACGAUGCACCCUCGGGUGGGAGGGAACGUUCAAGAUCUCGUAACCCGGGCCUUCAUGGGUGUUCUAGGUGCUGUCUGGGGCGGCGCGGCUUUUGCUGCGGGAAACGGCAAUCCCUAUGUGAUGGCGGUUUUUGCCUUGCUCUUCCUGCUGCCUAUGCUCUAUCGAUUCACCCAGAGUCACCAUCCUAGAUCGGGCCUGGUUGGCUGCCUGUCCUUCAUCGUCACAUCGCUUGCCCUCAUCACCGACGAGGGGCACCACUCGCCUCUAAUCAUGACCGCCGGCCGCGGUGGGGCAAUCGUCGUCGGUGUUGUCGCCUCAGUUGUCAUAAAUUGGAUCCUGUGGCCGUUUAUAGCAAGGCACGAGCUGAGGAAGGCCAUGUCGGCAAUGAUGUUCUUCCUCAGCAUUCUCUACCGAACCAUUAUGGCCCAGUACAUAUAUUAUGAUGUGGGCGAUAAACCAACAGCCGAAGACAUCGAAAGCUCCGAGGUGCUGGAAGGGCGCCUGCGAGAAGGCUUUGUCCGGAUUCGGCAGUUGAUGGGUCUGACCCGGCACGAGAUCCGCCUAAGGGCGCCCUUCGACCCGCUGCCCUACUCCGCGCUCGCCGACUCCUGCGAGCGUUUCUUCGAGUACCUGGUGGCGGUGCGCCAGUCGGCGAUCUACUUUCACCCCAAAUUCAUCCGGGACAACGACGAGGCCGUCGGGAGGCUGCUGAUCUACCGUAGGGACGCGGUUGCCUCAAUCCUCGGUAACCUGUACACACUGGCCGGGGCGUUGCGUAGUGCCCAUAAGGUACCUAAAUAUCUGCCAUGCGCAGCAGCGACCCGGAAGCGUCUGAUGGACAAGAUGAUCGAGCUCGAGGCCGAGUACGAGGGCAGCAAGAACCUCGACGUGCCCCAGAUAGGAGAGAGGAAGAAGUGGGUUCAGAUUUACAGCUUCUCGUACAACGAGAGCCUCACCGGCUGCGUGGCGCAGCUCGAAGAGCUAGAGAGGUACACCAAGCUGAUUGUCGGCGAACAAGGGUUCGACGACCGAUCGGAUAGCGAUUCUGACGACAAGGAGGACUGACCCAAUCAUGUACAUGUAUCCGUACCUCCUACGGCGCCAUACCCUAUGAGAGACUUGUCUUCGUCUAUCUAUACAAACUUGUGUGUCCGGGAACCAUAUACAAUGAAUGUAUGCAAUGUGAAUGCUCCAUACGUCCCAAACCGCCAAUGCCAAGUUAAAAAACAAACCCAA